ACUAAUUAUGCAAUGGCAUUAACAUCUCAAACAAACAAAUGCAAUGACAUUAACAUAACCACAAAUUUACUGCCAAUGAGACUUUUGGACCCACAAAGAAAACUUAACUUAGGAGUGAAAGCAUUUUCCCAUUAAUCACAGACACCGUACCUUUCUUUCAAUUCUCUAUCUACUCCAUUCCCUUCUGACUAUAUCUGUGUUUAAAAGAGAAGACAAUGGCAGACCCCAAACCAAGAAUACUUUCUUGGCGUCAAAGCUAGAAACACCAUCACCGAUACUCUACUUCAUAAUUUCAGAUAUGAGUUAUACAAACCAAUUACAUACGGAAAUUAAGCCACUGGAGCUUGACAUGUAUAAAUAUGUGGUCCUAGGUUAAGGCAGAUUGCAACCUAGCAACAAAGCAUCAUGGGAACUUACCAGAAACAGAUGAACACAAUUCUCUCAUUGGCAUUCUUCAUGAUUCUUGUUGGAAAUCCUGACACCCCUGUCUUUGGUUUUAUGGAGGAAGAACAGUCUGAAACCUCACUUCAUGAUAGCACGACUGACAGCUUUUAUGCAGAUGGUGAAGAUUGGUCAAUGGUGCAGAAGGACGGAAACCAGUUUGCAGUUAAUGGCCAGCCAUUCUACCUCAAUGGAUUCAAUACCUAUUGGCUGAUGGUAUUUUCUGCAGAUAAUUCUACAAGAGGGAAGGUCACUGAGGUAUUACAACAAGCAUCUUCCGUGGGACUAACCGUUUGCAGGACUUGGGCAUUCAAUGAUGGUCAAUGGCGAGCUCUUCAGAAAUCUCCAGGAGUUUAUGAUGAAGAUGUUUUCAAGGUACCAUAAAUUUUGCCAUAAAAACUUUCCAGUAGCACUCGGGUUUCAUGUCAUCAGAUAAUCUGGUUUCCUCCCCAAAUUUGCAGGGCUUGGAUUUUGUAGUGAGUGAAGCAAAGAAGUACAAGAUCAGGCUGAUUCUGUCAUUCGCCAACAACUGGGAUGCAUAUGGUGGAAAGCCACAAUAUGUGAAAUGGGGGAAGGACGCAGGACUUAAUUUAACCUCUGAUGAUGAUUUCUUCUCCCAUCCAACCCUUAGAGGCUACUACAAGGCCCAUGUCAAGGCAAUUUUCCUUUUCACUGUUCCAAUCCAUUCCAUUUUCCUGUGGAGAUCAGUUCUAUCUCAGCUCACUUUUGUGAAUAUUUUGGAAUUGCAGACAGUGCUAAACAGAGUCAAUACAUUCACAAACAUAACUUACAAGAAUGACCCAACAAUCUUUGCUUGGGAAUUGAUGAAUGAACCUCGAUGCACCUCAGACCCCACUGGUGAUAAAUUGCAGGUUUGAUUUUCUUCAAACUGGUUAUCUGUAUGUUGGGUUUGUUGUAGAACUGGUAGGCUUGCUGUCAAUCCUGAAGCCGCUGUGAUGUUAUUGUCUUCCAGUCAUGGAUACAAGAAAUGGCAGUCUAUGUGAAGAGCAUAGAUGCAAAGCAUCUAGUUGAGAUCGGAUUAGAAGGAUUUUAUGGUCCCUCCGCACCUGAGAGAGCUCAGUUCAAUCCGAAUUCAUAUGCUACACAGGUUGGAACGGACUUCAUAAGAAACCAUCAGGCUCUUGGUGUUGAUUUUGCUUCUGUUCACAUUUAUCCUGACUCCUGGUAAGCUUUCACUGAAUCUGAUGCUUCCCGCAACAUUACAUUUGACAAUAAGUACAUGAUGAUUUCUAAGAGAUGAUUUGAUUCAUCUGUGAAGGAUUUCUCAAACAAUCAGUGAUGCCCAUCUGCAAUUCACCAAAUCAUGGAUGGAAGCUCACAUAGAAGAUGCAGAGAAGUACCUCAACAUGCCAGUCCUGUUUUCUGAGUUUGGGGUGUCUUCAAAGGAUCCUGGAUACAAUUCUUCAUUCAGGGACAAGUUUUUUAGCACAGUAUACAAUACACUACUGAACUCAACUAAGAAGGGAGGUAGUGGAGCUGGAAGUCUUUUCUGGCAGCUAUUUCCUGAGGGGACAGAAUACAUGAAUGAUGAUUAUGCAAUUGUGCUUUCAAAAUCUCCUUCAACAUCAAAUAUCAUAUCCCUCCAUUCCACUAGACUUGCCAUCUUCGAUUCUCUGUGCUCGAGGAAAUGUAAAUGGGGUUGCAAGAAGAAAGGUGGUCUGGACACAUUCCUCUACCGUGAUGAACUGUAAUAUUGUAUGCAGAAAGAAAAUUGUGCCUGACGU